CAGUAGGCAGUGACAACUGACAAAUAGAAUUUGGAAAACGCUAGGUUAUGUUUGAUUAAAAAAUAAAAUAAAAUCAUUUAUCUAUGGAUUUUUGCUGAAAAUCGUCAAUGUUUUUAACUUUUACAGUAAUGUAUUAGUAGUAUUGUACUCACAAAUGCGGUAAGGUACCCUUGGAUUUUCACUGAAUAGGCUAAUAAGAUUUUUAAGUUGAUGCUUUGAUACCGGCCAGAUCUUGCAAAAUAUGAGUGGGGUGCAAAGGAUAUUGAGGCAGUCGCUCUAGUCAUCGACUGUGGUCUGAGCAGCUCCAAAGAUUCACAGUUUCUGGAAAAAUGUAAAGAAUGCGCUACAAACAUAAUAUUAAAAAAGAUCUUCAGCGAGAGCAAAGACGUGUUGAGUGUGAUUGUGUUGGGUUCGGAAGCCACCAGUCAUCCACUGGACAGCGACGGAGGCUACAAGCACAUAGAGGUGGCGCUCCCCUUCAUGGUGGCCUCCUGGGAUCUGGUGACCGCGGUGUCCGGCCUCUCCAUCAACCACAGAGUCACCAACAGCGACUGGUGUGACGCCCUCGUGGUCGCCAUGCAGUGUCUCAAGGAGAAGAUGGAUGACACCAAAAAUAUGAAGAAAGUCAAUCACAUUACGACGGCGAAAUUAGUGAUGCUGAGCUCAUUUAGCCAAGAUGUGGACGACUCAUGUAUGGACAGUGUCGUCUCAGCAAUCAUCAACACUGACAUGGAGGUCAUUUUCAUAGCUCCUGACGAGGUGGCUGAGAGAAUCGAGGAAGAUUCGACGGGCAAAACUCUGUCUCAUGGUGAAAAUGCUCUCAGAAAAGUGAUCGAAAAGACAGGUACAAUGGUAGCAGUCAGUGAAGCCGUGACAAAACUAUCGCACUUUUCACGAAAGAAAACUUCACGAAUGCGUUGGAUAUCGGAAAUUUCAAUUGGCAGCAAAAUCAGUAUUCCUAUCAACGGAUAUAAAAUUAUGAACGAGCCUCUGUUGAAAAAGGAGAAGCGAUGCCUGGCAGAUGGUGCCCUGGUGAAAGCAGACUUCAGCUAUGUGCACGGAGCCGACGAGGUCCCCCGUGAGGACAUCAUCAACGGAUACGUCUAUGCUGACGUCAUCGUUCCUCUAUCAAAGCUGGAUAGGGAAGCUAUGACGUAUCGCCCGGGAGCAAAGGGUCUGUCCAUACUGGGCUUUGUCAAAAAAAGUGCAGUGAAACAACACCACUGGACUGGGAAGUCGGCGUUCUAUGUUAUCGGAGCGCUAAAUGAUGCUAGUGCUGAAUCAGCAAUGGCGGCGUUUGUGCGAGCUUUGUCUGACAUGGGGAUGGUAGCCAUUGCCAGGAAAGUGUACAGUCAGGACAGAGGCCUCAAAGUGGGCGCCCUCUACCCCAAGCCAAGUGCCAAUCCGCCUGCGCUGAUAUUCAUUGAACUGCCCUACUCCAACGAAAUAAGAGCUCUACAGUUCCCGUCUUUGAAGAAGACCAAAGUCACCGAAGAACAGUACGCUGUCAUUGAUAAACUCAUUGAUUCCAUGGACUCCUCUAACCGUGAUGAAGAAGAGGAACAUUACGAUGUGACCAAACUGAUGGACAUUAAGGAGCAAUUCUUCUUCCACUGUUUGGCCAAGAAAGGGUUGGCCGAUGCCACUCGGCAAGCCGCGUCGAGUGACUCGGCCGAGUUACAUUUGCCCGAGUGUCUGAGGCAGAUGCUCGAGCCUCUGUCCAGUGUGAAGCAGCGCUCCAAGCUUGCUCUGGAUGAACUAAAAACACUUUUCCCGCUCAAACCGGUUGUCAAGAAGAUCAGAACGAUGAAUGAACCGAAUGAGGUUGAGCCAGCCGUCAAGUCGGAGCCGCUCACUGAUGUCGACAUGGCACAAGUCACGGACAUUUUCCAGUCGACCCUGUCAGCUGUGGGCAGUGUCACGCCGGUCCAGGAUUUCCUCACGCUCCUCAAGAAACCUCACGCUGACUUCGACACGCUGUGCGAACAGAUGCAGACGGUAAUUAUGGAUCUGCUGGUGAGAGCGUGCGAUGCGGACAUGCUGGAGAAGCCUUGCUCUGCCUUGAAAUGUCUGCGACAGGCCUGUCUUGAGCAGAAGAAAACAGCUGAUUUCAACAGCUGGUUGCACAAGGUGAAGGAGACAGCUGUCGAGAGUCAGCUGACCGACUUCUGGAGUGUUCUCAAAAAAGAUAAUCUUGGCCUUAUCACUCGCGAAGAAAUGCCCUACAGUUUCUAUUCCAAAGAGGAAGGAGAAGAGUUCCUAGAUUUCAAUGUUAAAGUUCGCAAGACCGAUGGAUCCGAUGAAGAACCCGAUUAUGAUGCUAUGCUCAUGGAAAUGUGAAAAGUUUAUUCGUCCAUAUUACUCCUCAACAAUAAUACAUUUAUGUAUAUGAAUAAAAUUACUAUAAUUUAUUCAUCCAUUGGUCUCCAUGAGAGGUGAAAUAAAGUUGAAUAUACUUUCGAAAAAAUCCCAAGUGCCGGUUGCACAACAGCCGGUUAAAUUUUAACCGUGAUUAAUUCCAAGAGAACCAAUCAGAGUGGCCAUCUUUUCAAAAACGCCUUCUCUGAUUGGUUUUCCUGGAAUUAAUUACAGUUAAAAUUUAAACGGAUUUUGUGCAACCGGGCAUAAACUUUGAAUUCAUUAUAAUCUAAUUCAUGUACCAUAAUAAUUAACGCUCAGCCUAUGUAAUGUUUUCACAAUGUGAUAUAACCUUAUUAUUUUCAGUUAAAGUUUAAUCUCUGUAUGUAGAUAUUGUAUGUUUUGAAACUUGCAUAUUUUCCCAUGUAUUGUUUGUUUAAUUACAAGAAUAAACUAUUUUUGCAACUAGU